AUUACCUAAUGAUCCUUCUCCCAAUAAUUGACUCUGUCAACAUUGAUGAUAUUAAAAUGCCUGCACUCCAGGCCAUCUACUAAUCCUCUCCACUGUAGACCUCCUCUACUAGUCUUCUCAACUCUAAGCCUUCUCUGCAACCAAAAUAUUUAGUUCAAAAGCAGGUCAGGGAAGAAGCUAGACACAGAAAUCGUGUGCCCAUGGAAGGAGACGGACUUCCUCUGAGUGCCACAGUUAUCCUUCCCAAAACAAGAAAAAACAUUAAAAUAGACCGGGUGCUGACGUUGUGCAGGGGUGUUUGCCUUCUCUUGCUUCUCAAAUAUCGUUUCAACAAUCCUUUACAGGAUGCCUUUAUCAUCUGGGCGAUUGCAGGUUUUUGUGAAUGCCUUUUUGUGCUCAAUUUCAUUAUCUACUCUCUCCUCAAAUGGCGACCAGUUGAAAGGCAGACAGAUCCCCACACUCUGUCUGCCAGGUAUGAAAAGCGUGGAGAACCCUGCAAGUUGUAUCCUGUCGACAUUUUCAUAACUACGGCGGAUCCACAGAAGGAGCCUCCAUUAAUCACUGCAAAUACAAUUCUUUCUGUGCUAGCGGUGGGCUACCCUGCCGACAGGGUUUCCUGCUAUGUCUCUGAUGACUCUGCUUCCCCUGUCAUUUUCUGUAUGAUGUUGGAGGUUUUCACAUUUGCUCAAAAAUGGGUGCCUUUCUGCAAAUCACAUUCUAUCGAGCCUCGUUCCCCGGCUAAAUUAUUUUCUUCCCGCACGGCUUCUUCCCUUUUUGAACAGGGGAAUGAAUUGAAGGAAGAAUAUGAGCAGUUGGAGAAUCGGAUUAACGAUUUGGCACAGAGGCCUCAGGAAGCCCUAAAGAUUGCGCGGCGGUACACAUCUUGGGCAUCUGAUAAUCCAUAUGACCACCAGCCUAUAGUUGAGGUUGUGAAUAACAUUGGAAUUGAUAGAUUUGAAUGGAAUGCUCCCUUGCUUGUGUAUGUUGCGCGGGAAAAGAGAGAGGGAUAUAAACAUCAAUUCAAGGCUGGGGCUCUGAAUGCGCUGAUGCGAGUAUCAGGAAUAUUAAGCAACAGCCCUUUUAUUCUAAAUCUCGACUGUGAUACGUACAUAAAUGAUUCAAACGCUCUCAGACAUGCCAUGUGUGUUUUUAUGGACACAAAGCUUGGAUACAAUGCGGGUUUUGUGCAGUUUCCACAAGUGUUUGACAAUCUUGACAGGCAAGACGUUCACGGAAAUCGGCUUGUUUUUCUCUACGAUGUAUUGCUCAAAGGAUUGGACGGAAUUCAAGGUCCUUAUUACUGUGGGACAGGCUGUUUUCUCCGAAGAACAGCUCUCCAUGGAGUUGGAACCCAAGAAGGGAGCUUAUUAGAGGACUGUAGACUGGAACUUGGGAAAUCAGCCCUGACAAAACAUGAUCAAGGCGAGAUUGCUUGGGUUUCAAAGGAAGCGGCUCUGGAUUUAUGCAGCUGCAACCAUGAAAAGGGCACUGCUUGGGGAAAGCAGGUGGGAUGGAGCUAUGGGUCAAGUACAGAAGAUGUAUUGACAGGAUACGGAAUACAUUGUUUGGGAUGGAGGUCUAUUUACUUGUGGCUUACUCCACCAGCAUUUAAAGGAAUGGCUCCAUCAACUGCUCCCGAUCGAUUGGCACAGAGGAAACGAAUAGCUGCUGGACUGGUUUCGAUGUUAUUAAUGCAAUCUUCAUCUUUCUUCUACAAUCCAAAAACUAGGCUCAUGUUUCUGGAGAGAAUUGCCUACAUUUACAAUUGCAUGUUUUAUGCUGGUAUUUCAGUGUUUGCAAUGUUGUAUAUGGUGUUGCAUGUGGCUUGCUUGUUUUCAUCCAAAUCACUUACUCCUAAGGCAAGAGAGUACGAAACCAUAUGGUUUAUUGGAGCUCUUUGUUUUCAACAUGGAAUGAGUUUUCUAGAGUACAAGUGGGGUGCUAAGAAUGAAAGGUUUGGUGUAAGAGAGUGGUGGAAUGAAGAGCGAUUUUGGUUUGUAUCAAAUGUAUCAUGUUUUGUGUUGGGUACAUUGGAAGCAUUGUUUAAGUCAAUUGGACUAGUAGAAUCAUCAUUUACAAUCACUCCCAAGACUUUGAAUUCCAAAUCUGAAUCGAAAAGUGAAACUCCAUAUUCUAUUAAUGCUUCUUUAUUAUUCAUUCUCCCUAUGACUCUAGUUAUGUUCAUCCUUUUUGCCAUGAUGUCUACCACACUUCAUCUGUUUAGGGGUGGUGUAGAAGCACUUGAGUACAUGGGAGGGGAAUUAUUGUUUGGCAUGUGGAGUCUAUUUAUACUGUAUCCUAUUGUUUGUCAGAUGAUAAGAGUGCUAAAGGGAUACACAGCAUUGACAUCAUUUGUCAUGUUAGUCUCUUUUAUUGUUACCAUUCUCUUAUAUGUAAGAGCAUGAUUUCUAUGAAAAAGAAGUUAGUUUGAAGUUGAAGUUU